AGCACAUUUUGGAAGAGUGGCGGCGAAGUCGCCACAUUAUGGGAAGAACUAUCCAAGGCAAUGAAGACAAAUGGGGGUACAGACACUAAUGGAAAUCCAUGUGGGACAAUGGAUGAUGGCACCACUGGCACUGGUGGCAGUAGACAGGCUACUGACCCAGAAAGGAAGGCAUGCAAUUAUUUGCAUGCCGGAUUAACUAAACUGUACAAUCCGACGUCUUCGACGACGACGUCGUCGUCGUCGUCAGGACCCCUCAGCUUGAAUGACAAGAACCCACUGUUGAGACAAACAGUGGGUUGUUUAUUACUUCAUUCUUAUGCAAAGAAAAUGAAAAGCGAAGCUAAAUGUUUAGUGGAAUCAGGUAUAAGUAAGGCUUUUAAGGAUGCAGGUAGUUGCAAUGGUUCCAGUGGCAAGGAACCUUGUGUUCCUUGCCAAUGGAAAGAAGACAUCUUUACCACUUGCUCAAUUACAACUACUGGCACCGGAACGGAGACUGCAGAUGAGAAGUUAAAAGGAGUACAACCCCAAAUUAACGAAACCUCAUCUACCACCACCAAGGAGAACAUAAACCUAACCCCAUCUUUAUGUGACCAACUCCAAUGUGCUGUACCCAAAUGGUUCGACAACCAAAACAACAAACAAGUGAGCUUUACUAGUAGUACCACUACUAACAUGACUUGG